AUGCCGGAAGGUAGGAUGAUCCAAGAGGCUUGGUGAUUGUUACAUUUAUUUGCUUAUGCGGUGCUGGUAAAAUGAUAUGCUGUGUAGAAGGAUAUCUCUCUACUUCGUACUCGGGGUAUCUAUUAGUUGGGGUCGUUUGUGGGGUGUGGAUUCAAUUAUGGAAAAUCGAAGCUUAUUGUUGUAGUGAAGACAAAGUAUAAAACGUCUUACUCUUUAGCACUUCACCUAGUGACACUGAGAUCUCACUUCAGGUUGAGGUCUACAUCGAUUAACGCCUAAUGGCGUUCCGGCCGAUAUGGAAUCGAAUCAAACGUGAUCACCAACGUGCUGGCAGGUUCGGCUAUCGUCUAUUCGCUUUCGCAACAUGGAUUCCUGUGGUUUCUAUGUUCAACCACUAUAUUGGGGAACUGGCUUGGAUCAGCGGGCCGUCGAUGUAUCCGUUUUUUAAUGCGGAAAAGGAUCAGACGACUCGGAAUGAUGUGGUGAUCAAGUACAAGUUGAAUGCGCAGUACGGGCUGCGGCGAGGCAUGAUAGUCAUUUUCUGGAACCCUUAUGAUCCAGAGGUUGAGGCUGUUAAGAGGAUUGUCGGACUUGAAGGCGAUGUCAUAAGGACGCGAAGUCCGUAUCCCACCCCUACGGUCCGCGUGCCAAUGGGGCAUGUCUGGGUCGAGGGUGACGGAGGCGAGCGCUUGAGCAGGGACAGCAACGAUUAUGGACCAAUUUCGACGAAUCUCAUAACUGGCAAGGUCACCCAUGUUGUGUGGCCUCUACAUAGAUUCGGUAGAGUGCAGUGGUGGGAAUAUGCAGGGAAUAUUAGGAAUUAAACAACGAAACGACUACUAUUUACCUCUACUCAUUGACAGAUGUAACGAAGCUUUUAUCAACAAAGGUACCUCCAACUAUGUGUGAUGUCAACUAAUUGCUAGUAUGCAGAUAACCAUAAAAUGCUAUAACCUGACCUCCCGGUCUACCGGUACCUUAGCCUUUAGGUACAGAUUAUUCCAGAUAAGAGAUAAGGUAAAGCCGGAUAAGGUCCACAGGCGCCCACCAACUCGGGCGCGAGGCCCCCUACCCGUGAUAAACCGCGCGUAAACCGAUAUGGCCGAUUAGGUACGAU